UCUGCGCUGACCAACUACUGAUGCCAAAAGCGAGCAUCCUCCACGAGUCCACUCUCCGAGCUGGUGGUCAAAGGUAAGCAUUUGGCACCGAUGUACCCCGACUGUGACCCGACUUCGGCUUCCGUGCUGGUCAUCUGUUGCAACGGCGUUCGAUCUCAAAAGAUUACGAUCUCGGCGUUGUGGCGGAGCGAUUAGCACCUGCACCAACGCCGAUUAGGCUUACAUGACGAUCCUUUCCGGCCCCUCCAUAGACUUGGUGUAUCCCUCAAGGGAGCUCGAAGUACAAUCACAAGCAACCGAACUAAUGAGGCGUGAAACCUUGGAGCCUCGACUGGCUCCGAGUCCAUGCUGCUACCCUUUCAAGCACCCAUGCUGCAAGGAGACCGUCCGACGUGGACUCGAAUUGACGACGGAGAGGCGAGUGCCGACGACGGAGCUGGAACGCAGGCACACCGAUGGCAAGCCUUCGACCGACCUGAUCCUAUCAAAGCGCGACAAGCUCGAACCCAGACAAGUCAUUCCUUGCUGUUUUGGAAAAAUCGGUGGUUGCUGCCCUCCUCCUCGUCGAUUCCACGAAAUCGCGGAUCUGAUGAGACGCGUCGCGGCGGAUGAUAUGGCACGCCUGGUAUCUUCUGCUAAAGAUGAAAGUCAGAACACCAAGAGGUCUUCCUUGCAGAAGCGCAUGCUUGGAGCCGAAGUCCAGCAAGAGAGCGAGUAUAGCUGACGAUGCAAAGUCCGAACGCGGGACGAUGCUGACAGCACACCUUGUCCCUGAAUCACCGUCGGUCUUGCAGACGAGCUUCGUGAGAGCUCGCUCGCGAAACGUGAAGCGAGCGAGGAGACUGGCGUAGUGCGUGAGUUGCUGCAAUGGCAUCAAAGUCGCUUUGUGUGAUGAUUGAAGCGCAUCACCUUG